AUGAAGGAAAAACUUGAUCAAUGGCUCUGUAGACAGCAAGAGGGUGGAUCAAGACUUGCAAAUGUGAAUCCAGCUGCUGAAGCAAAUAUAUUUGGUGAUCCAGAUGCUGCUGAUGUUGUAUUCACAAGUGGCGCAGAUAUAUUGGCAGUUGGAAUAAAUGUUACUCACCAAGUCGUAUUGUCAGGUUCUGAUCGAGAAAAGUUAGCAAGUUCAAAAGGAAAAUUUGCUCAAUACCUUACCGGAAUCUUAGAGGUGUAUUUCUCUUACCAUUGUGACGCAUACAACACCAAUGGAGUUUACCUUCAUGACCCUACAGCGUUGCUUGCAGCCGUUGAUCCUUCACUCGUAACUUGCACAGAAGGUGCUGUUAGAGUCCAAACCAGUGGCAUAACAAGGGGACUUACAAUUCUCUACAAUAAACAGAAAAGGGCAGACUAUAACCCGGAUCAGUAUCUGUGGGAAAAGGAAUUCUCCCUCGCUGGUAGGACGUACCAAAGGCAGGAUUUGGAGCUCAAGAAUGCCAGAGGCUAUACCUUGAAGUGUAGUCAUUAUCUCCCUUCUCCGUUUCCUGAAGAUACAUCUCUUCCUUGUGUUGUAUAUUGCCAUGGAAACAGUGGAUGUAGGGCAGAUGCGAAUGAAGCUGCUGUAAUUCUUCUUCCAUCAAAUAUUACUGUUUUUACCCUUGACUUCUCAGGGUCGGGUUUAUCUGAUGGAGACUAUGUUAGCCUUGGUUGGCAUGAAAAAGAUGAUCUGAAGAUUGUGGUGUCGCAUUUGAGAAGCAACAAGCAAAUAUCCCGUAUAGGUUUAUGGGGACGAUCAAUGGGCGCAGUUACUAGCCUUCUUUACGGAGCUGAAGACCCUUCUAUUGCUGGAAUGGUAUUGGAUAACGCCUUUUCAAACUUAUAUAAUCUCAUGAUGGAGCUAGUGGAUGUUUAUAAAAUCCGACUUCCAAAGUUCACUGUUAAAAUGGCUGUACAAUACAUGCGGCGGGUUAUUGAGAAGAAGGCAAAGUUUGAUAUCAUGAAACUGAACUGUGUUCUGGUUGCACCGAAGACAUUCAUUCCUGUUUUAUUUGGACAUGCAAGUGAUGACAAAUUCAUUCAGCCACACCACUCCGAUCUCAUCUCUGAAUCCUACGCGGGUGAUAAAAAUAUCAUAAAAUUUGAUGGCGACCACAAUUCUUCUCGGCCACAAUUCUUUUAUGAUUCAGUUUCCAUUUUCUUCUACAAUGUCCUCCGUCCUCCUCAAGUUUCUAUUGCUGAAAAGCUCGAGAAAUAUUAUGAUUUGGGGGAUUUGAAACUCGGUUCCGGUGUGGAUGAGAGCGUAUUAUAUGAGAUUCUCUCUAGUCUACGGUCUGCACCUACUGAUGCUGCAAGUUCAUCUUCUGCAUUUCCAACAAUAUCUGAAACAAAUUCAGUUACCGAACUUCUUUCGGAAGCAGCUCCACUGGCUGAUGCAGAGCCUUUGUUUGAAGAAGAUACGAGAGACAAAAAUGAUGAAGCCGCAAAUGUGCAGGGUAAGCUAAAUGGCCAGAUUGAAGAUUGUUGCUCAUAUACAAGCUCGACUAGAGAAAGUUGGGGAAGAUGUUCUUCUUUAGGAGGCAGUGAUCAAGAAUCUUUUGCAGAUUUAAGUGCUGAUGAUAAACACUCUCAGUCCAUCUUAUAA